AUGUCGAUUCAGUCUCGACAAGAACUACUGCAUCUCUACCGCCAUUAUCUUCGUACCAUAAAACUAUGGCCCCCUGAUGAUUUGAGGCCAAAUCGAAGUUUAAAAAACGUAUUAUAUGGACAAAUUAGAGAAGAAUUCAGGAAAAACGUGAACGUAGAAGAUCCCGAGAUUAACAGAAAGUUGAUGAAGGAAGCGAAAAUGGAGUAUGUUGCUUUGCAGAAAUUGGUUGGAAACGAGUAUAAGGAGAAGUAUGCACUAUCGGCUAAAAUUUUCAAACCGUCAAAGAAGCCUUCACAUUAUAAAAAUCUUCUUGUGCAAUUAGAGAAAGCAACCAAGAAGAAAAAAGACGAGUUACAUCGUCGUUCUCUAUGGAGAAGACUAUUUGGAUGA